UUCUAAAGUUGUGGAGGUUAAUCCAUACUCUAUCCAUCUUUACAUUGUGCAACAUGCCCGAAUUCAAGGAACGCCAACUCGUCACAGAUCCCCAAAAGGCUUUUCAUUAUACAGACCUCCAGCGGUUGAAGCCUACCAGGGAGAAUGAUCCCUAUGAGUAUCAAGCAGGAUGGGGGAACAGACACAUGUCGGAGUUGAUUCCUGGUACACUUCCAGUAGCACAGAACAACCCCCACGAAACCCGAUUUGGCUUGUAUACUGAAGGUAUUACCUAUUCGGCGUUCGCCGCCCCACGACACUCCAACUUCAGUACAUAUAUGUACCGGUGUAGACCGUCAGCAGCACACAAGGGAUAUGUGCCAGUCAAGACAAAAUCCAAUAUUGAGAACUGCUUCCUGUCGAUCAACUCCAAAGUCGAAACUCUGCCCGAACAAGCAGAAUGGCAUCCUUUCCCGCUUCCCAAAGAUGACGAAAAGAUCGACUUUGUUGAUGGUCUGCACACUUUGGCCGGCAGUGGCGAUCCCAACAUCCGCGAGGGUAUCGCUCUGUACGUGUACAUGAUCAAUUCGAGCAUGGAAAAUCGUGCCUACUGCAACACAGAUGGCGACUUCCUCAUCUGUGGACAACUCGGCAUCUUAGACAUCAAAACGGAAAUGGGCAAGAUCUUUCUGCAACCGGGAGAAAUCUGCGUGAUCCAGCGUGGCAUCCGGUUCUGCAUCAAUCUCGCUCCCGGCAGCCCGCAAGCUCGUGGUUAUAUAACAGAAGUAUGGGGUUCCAUGUGGGAGCUGCCUGAUCUCGGUCCUCUCGGUGGUCAUGGACUGGCCAACCCGCGCGACUUCUUGUUUCCAGUCGCCGCCAUCGACGAUGACUUGCACGUGGACUGGGAGAUUGUGAACAAGAUGAACGGCAAGCUCGAAGCUAUCCAACAGGACCACAGCCCCUUUGACCUCGUGGCAUGGCAUGGCAACGUCGUUCCAUACAAGUACGACCUCACCAAGUUCUCGUCGCAAAACAGCACUUCCAUCGACCAUACCGAUCCCUCCAUCUUCUGCGUGCUUACCGCUAAAUCGCGCGACCCCGUAACUCCCCUCGCAGAUUUCUUGUGGUUCGGACCUCGAUGGGACGUGGCAACAAACACCUUUCGCCUGCCAUACUUCCACCGCAAUUCAGCUUCCGAGUUCCUUGCCUGUCUAUACGGCAAAGGUCUUGGACGAAGUGACGAUUUCCAACCCGGUGGAGGGUCUUUUGAGGGAGGUCACACGCCACAUGGUGGAUUUCACGAGGGAUACCAGCAUGGAAUGAGAAUCCACGAAAGUCAACCGGAACGGAUUCUCGAAGACCAACUCACCGUCAUGAUCGAAUCAAGCCGUCUCUUCCUCUGGACCGAGUACGCGCGUAAAGGCUGCGGCACAAUCUCCACACACGGCACCGACUACAGUGUCUGGGAUGCUCUUCCCGACCGCUUCUCUGCCAACUCCAAAGCAAAAGAGCUCCUCGCACGCAUCAAAGCCGACAAGCUCGCCGAAAAGAAACGUCUCGCGCCCUAUUACAUUGGCGGUUUUGCGCACGGCGCAAACACGAGCGAUUCAGGCGCUGGCGUGCACUACAACGAGUUGCGCGAGUUUCUGGAGGAAGAUGCAAAGCCAAAGACCAAUGGCGUGACUUUGUCGAGCGGAUCGACUCACGUGAACGGGGUCAGCGAAUCCAACGGAACUAAUGGAAUCCCAAAGGCUCAUACCGUCAAUGGCGCGCCGACUGAGUUUGUGGGCUCUGAGAACCGGAACAUCCCUGAGCAGGUUAAGCAGGUUGUUGCUGACUUGGGUCCUGCGGAACCUAUGGGUGUUGCGUAUUAG